AUGUUGUCACGGCGCAUGCUUACCAAGGCCGACGAGGAGUCCGUCGGCGACGAGGUGGAAGUCAGGAGAGAGGACCAGGACAAGAUCAACAAGUUCAGCCGACUACACCAGCGCGAGCUCGUUAUCGAGCAAGAGCUCAAGAACAAGAAUAAGGAAAAGGAAGAACUUGACGACCUCAGCACCGAGCUGGAGCUUGCCGACGAAGACGAGGCAGUACCAUACAAGAUCGGCGACGCCUACUUCCACGUUCCGCAACCGCAAGCGAUAGAGAUGCUUGAGCAAGCGUCGGCCAAGAUUGAGGAGGAUGUCGAGGGACUGGAGACAAAGUUGGAAACGAUCAAGGAAGAGAUGACCCAACUGAAAGUUGAGCUGUACGCCAGAUUCGGGAAGAGCAUCAACCUCGAGACAUGA